CAUUCUCGUUUGUAAUGUGUUCAACAGGCCUUCUGGCAGACAUCAUUUCAGUAAGAUCAAGGACAGAAUUCAAACGUCUAAAGCAGUGUUUGUUCAUUCCCAUUACGGUUCUGUUAUUUCAUGACAGUGUUGUUAAUCUGCAGGUGGUGAUGCAUUAUGGUAUGGAAACAUUACUGGCCUUCUUGUUGCCAUACAGCAUGAUCAUAGGCAGUUACGUGUGCAUCCUGUGCAGAAUCCGCAAGACACGCUUUCGCAGAUGCAUUCGCAGCGAGAAACUCAUUCUGGUGAUCAUCAUCACCUUCGGACUCUUCUGGCUGCCGUACCACAUCAUAAACGUGGCACAGGUGGCUCAAGCUUUACAUGCAAAAAAUUUUACAGUUGAAAAUGUCUCAGAUCCGCGAGUGGUUACUUCUACCGUGGCCUUUGUCAGCAGCUGCAUAAACCCCGUCCUCUACACCUUCGCCGGUAAGUCGUUCAUCCGGCGCGAUGGCCUGGCCUUCAUGGCGCGGCUGUUCGAGGGAACGGUGCUGAAAACAACGCGGAGGGUCCAGUACAGCAACCAGAACAGCCGUGACCGAGAGAAGGAGACUGACGAGGGAGAGAGUCUCAAAGAUAAAGACACUGACUCCUCCACUACUGCUAACUCCAGCUCGGUUAUUAAAGUUGUGCCGCAGAAAAAUGGUAAGUGAGCAUCUGGCUGUGGCUUGUGAUGGGACACUCAAUCUGCAGUGGGAUGUGGAUUUUUAAAGGUACUGCACGGUGGGUGAAUCCGGAUCACUUGUGCUUUUCUUUUAACAGAUGGAGGUUAUUCCAAGUUUGUAUUAUAAAAUAAAGACUGUGUACCAACCCUCCCCAAAAAAGAAAAAAAAAAAAAAAGAAAGAGGAGACCAAUGCCUAAGCCAAACCAUCACCAGACUGAGGACUGAGAUAAUCUAUGUUUUUAACUUCGACUGAAGGGCUAAACAAGGAGCAGGUUCUAACUGUUAAAAACAUGACAGCUGUAUCCAGUGCUUUACAAUAACCAUUUCAUGUCAUUGUCCAGCAGGUGUAAUCACGCAACUAAGACAGGUGAUCCAUUCUGGCCUGCGUUUCCAAAAAGCAUCGUUAGCCUGAGUUGAUGGUAGAACCAUUGUGACAGGGUUCUCCUCUGAACACAUGGCAGGCUUUUUUUUUUUUUGUGUGUGUUUGCCAUGCACUCCUCUUGUCCUGCCUCCUUGUUUCCCAUUACCACACCCCCUUGUUUAGUGCUUGAGUCCUCUUUUUUUUUGUCUUUGAGUGUUGUCACCAGUGGCCCGUUUCAGAAAAGAGGUUAAGUGAAAACUCUGAGUAUGUUAACCCUGAAAUGAGAGAAACACUAGUUUCCUGUUUAGGAAUGGGAGGUUUGUCGAACCUGAGAAUGCAGGGUAAGUCAAGCCCAUUUCUGAAAGAGAGGUAACUUAUACUCAGAGUCAGUUACCGUAGUAACUUACUACUAUGAACCUAACCUGGUCAGGAGAAGGUUUCUUUUCGGUAACCCAGAGUUUCUUUCCGGUCUCGUCCACCUUU